AUGAUGGGGGGUAGUCUCGGAGCAAUUCUUCUCCCACUGCUACUACUGCUUAGCGGAUAUGUCAAGACUGACUACGGAAUAAAAACGAACAAGCUGACCUUCCUCUCCGAACUGGAACAAUGCAAAAAAGAAAUCAACAUUUAUGAAGAAGGAAAUUCAUUCUUUAUACGAAACAAGGACAACACAUAUUUGGAGGUCCAAGAGAAGGUGACAGCUGCAGGGAGCUUGAAUGUUUUUGGGACCGUCCACAUGAAUGAUUAUCGCGCGUUUGAGCAGAAGCAGUGGACUUUGCACCAUCUGGACACAUUCGACCGGAAGGAGAGUGCCUGGACCCCCUCGGACAUCAGCACAUGCGGAAAUUCACCCGACACGUUUCUGGGCGGGCCCUGCAUAUUCGGCGCCGGUGAGGCCUACACCUCCGUUAGAGACAUACCAAAGCACAGCGCCCUGAAAAUAAAAUUAAGGAUUCACUUUUUCGAUGUCUGGGAAGGUGAUUCACUUUUUCUUCAAGCUGAUAGGAAGACCAUCUGGGCGGAAUCACACAAAUCUAACCCUGUAGAAAAAGGUGUUGGUGACGGAAUAAAUCUAUGCGGGAAGGAGUAUCCAGAUCGGUUAUCAGUGCCUGUGGACAUCGAAUUCGAGCAUUCCUCAGAGACGGUUACCAUACUAAUUGGAAGUACUUUAAAAAAAACAAACGAUGCUUGCUCCACCUCGUGGGGAGUAGACGAUCUGCACGUCUACUACAAAUAG